AUGGCAGGCCGUAGAGGGCUUGUGGCUGCUGCCCUGCUGGCGCUUCUGGCCUUGCAGGGCUGCGAGACGUCGCCGAAGCCUGAACCGGCCUCCUCUACGACCUCCACCACGACAGAGACGACAACAACGACAACGACUCCUUCUGGCGCACGCAAGGCCAGUUCGCUGGUGACAGUACCCGGCUGGCCGGACAUCUCGGGCAAAUUCCCGUUGUCCUAUGCCGUCAAGGCAGGUGGCUUAGUUUACGCCUCCGGCAUGCAGGGUGUGGAUAUGACGAGCAUGAAGCUGGUCCCCGGCGGCGUCGCCGCGGAGACCACGAAGGUCCUGUCCAACCUUCAGCUGCUGUUGCAGGCCAUGCCAGCUUAG